CAUACCCAAGGUGACUCACUUUGUGUUACGUGCGGUAACUUAUCUUUUUCCCUCUUUCUCUGUGGGCGUCCCUUUCUUUUGGUCCAAGGAAAGAGAGAUAAAGAAAAGAGAACCCAAGGCAGAAGGUUUUUCCUUAGGGUAUACCGCCGCUUAGUUACGUCGUCAACGCAGAGAGAGCACCGAAACAGUCGGUCCUAUUAACGGCGUCGUAUCUUGAGCCUGCUGCACUAUUCCUCGUCGUCCUCGCUGAGACAGGGCUCUAUUUUUCCUUUAUCUUCCUUGCUCUCACCUCCCCAAACUAAAAAUUAUCAAAAAAAAAAAAAAAACACAUUCGCUUAAGAAAAUCAAAUCAUCUCAAGUCAUUAUCGCAGUAGUGGCAGUAGGUGGAGAACUACAUUAGGCUGUAAAUAGAUAAGGAAGUGGCAUUUCAUCUGUGAAUUAUAAGUUUUUGUAAGGAAGAGGCAUUUACAAGAUGAGCAUUUGCAGCAGCAUGAGCAUGUACAGGAUGAAUACCAACUGCAGUGCUGGGGUUUGCCAAUCAACUCCUCAGGGACAGUUUCUCUGAGACUUCGAGGAGGCAGGAGAGGUAUUUGUCUUUACAUUUCAACUUUUUUUGUUGAACUUGUCUAUAGGGAUUGGCCUAGGUAGACAUGAGGAUGGAAGCAAAGAUCGUGAAGGCAUUGGAUAGUAGACGUAAAAUGGUGCUGGGGAUGAAACGAAAGCGAGCUGGAUGUCAUGCAGCACCUGUCUCGAGGAUUUCAAGGACUGUUUUACCUCAGGCACAGUGGCCUGGCCUGAGUUUGUCAACCCAAAAUGGAGGGAAGCGGAGGAAAUUAGAGGGGAACAAACGGAGUGUUAUGGGUGGUGGUUACCUUUCCAAAAGGUCUCUGCUGCAUUGCUAUUCAAGUUUUACGAAUAGUGGUGUGCCCCAGCGAAUAAUGUUCUUUGAGAAAGGUGAUUGGACUGAUUUUCCUCAUGAGGUCAUUGCUUCAGCCAGGGAAGAUCUUGAUGCAAGGAAGCCAGCUAUUGAGUUAGAUGUUGAUGGUCAACGUUUUGUGCUGGAUUUCUUACAUAUGUUUCAAUUGGACUUGAAAACUGGCUCGCAAAAGCCAAUAGCUUGGAUUGAUGAAGCAGACAACUGUUUUUUCCCUGAAAUUUUCACUGAGGAUGAUUCAUUUCUGUGCUUUGAAAAUGAACAUGGAAAAGACCAACAAUUCAUGCCUGGGGAAUUUUAUAAUCCCCCUGAGUUCAAGUUGCAACUUGAAAUUGAUGUAAGUGGAAUCAAUCCGCCUAAUUUAAAGGAAUGUAGUGGGGAGUCGAAUUCUUUUGUGAAACAUAUUCAAGUUGCUCAGAAACCUGCUAGUGACCAAAAUGAUGUUGAGGUUGACAGUUGCAACAAGAAACCAGUGGCAAAACUUGAUGAAGCUGUUCAGGAAAUUCAGCAGAUAAAAACAGAUAGUGAGAAAUUGGAUUCACAAAAAGUUAGAAAUAUGUUCCUGGGGGGCAUGAAUCCGUGUGGUCAAUUUGACACUCUAGAAGUAUUCCGUUGCUCUAGCACUUCAAUGGAAGCUCGUUUGGAGGUUUUUGAGAAGCAGAUUGAGAUUACUAGUAAGUAUCGUGGAGGUGCAAAUGUCCGAUAUGCUUGGCUCGCUUCCUCCAAAGGAGCACUGCCUGCUUUUUUGACAUAUGGGCUCUAUGGAUCUUCCACAAGUCCAUCUACAUAUGGCAUUGGUGUUCAUCUUACUGCAGCAAACUGUUCUGGUACCAGUGCAAGUUAUUGUGAUGUUGACGAAAAUGGUGUGCGGCACAUGGUACUUUGCCGUGUAAUAAUGGGAAGCAUGGAGCCUCUUUGCCCUGGAACUAAACAAUUCCUUCCCAGUACUGCCGAUUUUGAUAGUGGAGUGGAUAAUCUUGAGAACCCAACGUAUUAUGUUGUUUGGAAUAUGAAUAUGAACACCCAUAUUUAUCCAGAGUUCAUUGUCAGUUUCAAGCUCUCUUCCAGUUAUGAAGGUACUAUAUUUCUCCUUUAGAAUGUGCUAUUAAUUUGAUACAUUUGUUUCCCAUUCUUGUCUUUAUCUAACGAAUUGAAGGUGUAUAGUUCUAGAUUAUACUCUAUGCACUGAUGGAACUUGGCGAGUAAUUUUGAUGGUUGGUAAUCUACCAAUUGAACUCAUGGUCCAAUCUCUAUGGUGACAAAAGUUUAUAAGUUAUAAUUUUAUGCACCAAGGCUUCUUCCAUCCUGCCUUGAAUUUUCCUCUUUUUUUUUUAUUUAAAAAAAAAAACACUCGAGGUCAAUCGUGAUUCCAGCAACUGGUUCAAUGACUUUGUUGGCUGUGUCCUCUACAAAUGCUGUAUGGAUAUCAUAUGUUGUUUUCUUGAAUCCUUCUUAUAUCAGUACUUGAGCCCUGGUAAUUUUUUUUCCUUUUUUCCCACAUGGCAUUUGGUUGCAGGUGAGACUAAUUGUUCUGUUUCAGGUGUGAACAAGUCUUUACAUGGGCCUCAGGCUCAUUUGAAGUUAGAGUCUCCUGCUGUUGAUUUGGUGAGUGUUAGUCCUAGAGCCACAAACUCAGGGGGUUCCCAGGAAAAUGUUCCAAGUGCUGGAUCAAGCACUUCAAGAAUUCCUAAAUCCCCUUGGUUACCGUUCCCUAUGUUGUUUGCUGCAAUUGCAGAUAAAAUUCCGCAUAAGGAUAUGGAAGUAAUUUCUCGUCAUUAUGAAUUAUUCAGGGUGAAGACCAUAACGCGGGAAGAUUUUGUCAAAAAGUUGAGAUUAAUGGUCGGAGAUAGUUUGUUGAGGACGACAAUAACAGCUCUUCAGUGCAAGAUUCCAACUAAGCAUGACUUGGAGGCAGUAUCAAAACAGAAUGUCGGAGGUUCUGGUGGUGGACUUUAAGUGCGCACUUUUCCUUCCUGCUUCAGCAUCCACUGUGUCUCAUGCAGUUAGAUGAUGUUUGCAGUGGCUUGAAUGCCAUAUGCUUUUUGGUGGGACAAUCUACGACCGCACAUUGUGUAACUGCAUGACUGCAUGGAGCAUCAGUUAUCUUGUUCGUUUGUUUAAGAUUUGGUAGACGUUUUAAUAACAGUCAAGAAAUUUCCUUGGAACUCGUUUGUUGUCUGGGUGGGUUUGUCCAAAGUUUGAAAUAGUGUUAUUUCAAAGAAAUGUUAUUCUACAUGUUCUAUAUUCUUCCUUUGUACUUUUGCAAGGAUGCUAUUUCUAAUGUUUAUUUCAAUAUAAGAAUGGAUGAUAUUUUCUCAGUUAUUUAUUAUUUUACGAAUUAGGAUUAAAAAUGGAGGAAAUUGGAAGGAGAAUUUGGUUUGAGGGGAGAGAAGUUUCGGUUAUGUAAUUUUACAUGAUGUUUGGCUGUCUGACAUGAAAUUCCUGUAAUACAGUUGAGUUUCUUGUCUAGCUUAGUUUAAAACAUCUUUUCUAUGGUAGAGGCAUGAUAGGAUUUUUUGAACUUGUGUUUUUAAAGUUCAAAUUAAGGGUAUAUUUUUUU